AUGGCCGCCGCGGUGGGUGCCCGGCUCCUGCGCGCCUCCUCGGUGGCUGUGGGCGGCGUGGUCCACCGGCGGCUGCUCCUCGCCGGACCCCGUGCGGGAGUCGGGUGCCUCCCUGGGAGUCGGCGGUCGGGCGGGAGCGCGGAGCCGGGCCUGGGCGCAGGCACGAGCCGGCCGCUGAGCACGUCGGCGCCGGCGCUGAGCAGCUCAGAAGAUAAAGUCACAGUCCACUUCAUUAAUCGUGACGGUGAAACAUUAACCACCAAAGGAAAAAUUGGUGACUCUUUGCUAGAUGUUGUGGUUGAAAAUAACCUCAAUAUUGAUGGUUUUGGGGCAUGUGAGGGAACCUUGGCUUGCUCCACCUGUCACCUCGUCUUUGAAGAUCACAUAUAUGAGAAGUUAGAUGCCAUCACUGAUGAAGAGAAUGACAUGCUUGAUCUAGCAUAUGGACUAACAGGCAGAUCACGGUUGGGCUGCCAAAUCUGUUUGACAAAGUCCAUGGAUAAUAUGACUGUUCGCGUCCCUGAAGCAGUGACUGAUAUUAGACAACCCCUCGAUAUGAGCGAGAAAUCCUAA